GUUGGCGAGCACAUGCCACGUUGGGAGAAGAGCCAAAACUGAACUGAACUACCUUUCCGGGCUCGCGAGGACGAUUUUCACUUAAUCCACCAGUAAAACAAACAAACAAACAAACAAACAAAAAAAACUUAACCAGGUGGGUUUUUCAACAAACCUCUGAAACAAACCGAGAACCGACUGUGGAUCUGAGAGACUCGCAAGGAUGCACUUGUUGUCCGCCGCCAGCUGCGUGUGUGCCCUCCUCCUCACCGCACUCCUCUGCCGAGUGAGCGGUUUGGAGACUGUUAUCGGCCUGUACGGGGAAACACUCGAGAUCCCGUGCAACAAUGGAGCCAUGAAGACGGAAGACGCCGUCAUGACUAAAUGGAAAUAUGACAAAGGAGAGGGACUUCCAGGAGACCUGCUGGUCAAGCAGAAAAACCAGAAUGUCUCAGUCAUAGCCACUGAUGAGUACAAGGGCCGCGUGAGCAUGGCCAGCAACUCCAGCCUGCUUCUUUCUGCAGCCAAACUGACCGAUCAGCGGACUUUCACUUGCAUGGUGGUGUCUAAUUCAGACAUCAGUGAAUACCCAGUUAAUGUGUUGAUCUACAAGACACCAGCAGGCCUGGAGAUUUCUGACAAAGCGGUGGAACUUGAGAUCGGCAAACUUACUAAGCUUGGAACAUGUGUUGCACAGGAUGCCAAUCCAGCUGUAAACAUCACGUGGUUAAAGAGCGAAAAACCUUUGGUGGCUGAUGGGAAAGGGAUUUUCAUCCGAACCUCGGUGCUGGUAGACCCUGUUACUGGCCUCUCGACCACUACCUCUGUACUAGAAUACUCGGCCAAGAAGGAAGACACGGGCGCUCAGUUCACCUGCAGCACUCAGUCCACUGUGGGCUCACAGCUGGUGUCCUCUCCAGUGACCUUCACCAUCACCUACUCCACAGAGAACAUCAGACUUCAGGUCGAUGCUCGGGACCCUCUAGAAGAAGGAGACAAUGUGACUCUGAAGUGUGUUGCAGACGGUAACCCACCUCCUACCAGCUUUAACUUCCACCUUAAGGGAGAAUUGGUGAAAGUGGAAAACGCAGACACUUACACCAUCGUGAAUGUCUCACGUGACACCACUGGCAAAUACAAAUGCUCUCUCGUUGACAACCCCAUGCUGGAGGCAUCUCACAACAUCACAGUCAACUACCUUGACAUCAAUUUAGCCCCCUCUGGGCGUAUCGUGAAGAGAGCUGGAGAGGCCUUACAUCCAACUCUCCAGAUUGAUGCUCCUGAGCCAUCAAAGGUCUCCUGGACAAAGGACAACGUUAAACUGGACAAAGAUCCCAAGUUCACCAAUCUGACUUACUCAGACUCUGGCCGCUAUGAGUGCACGGUGACAAUGGGGCUCCUCAGCCGAAAAGCUUCUUUUGAGUUGCUUGUUGAAGGUGCUCCGGUUAUCAGACAGUUGUCCAAACAGCGCGGUGAAGAUGGCAACCAUAAAGUCUUAAUUUGUGAAGCUGAAGGUUUCCCGAAGCCAGCUGUUUCCUGGAACAUCAACGGCACCUCGCCUGUUGAGAGUCCCUUCAUCAAUGGAAAGAUAACACACAGGAUCACAGUUGUGCCUUCUGCAAAUCUAACUGUCUUUUGUACAGUGACCAAUAAGUUUGGCAUGGAUUCCAGAGAUAUAAAUGUGUCAUCCAUAAUUGUGGGGGAGAGAAUGGAUAAACAAGACCAGUCGGAGAAUAGUGACCAGACCAAGCUGGUAGUUGGAGUUGUGGUUGGUCUCCUCAUCGCCUCUGUGCUUAUAGGUCUGGCAUACUGGGUCUACAUGAAGAAAUCCAAGCAAGGCAGCUGGAAGACCGGUGAAAAGGAGAACGGGUCUUCUGAGGAGGAGAAAAAACUGGAGGAGAAAGUGGAGGAGAACAGCCAAAAAGCAGAGGUGUAAAGAAACGGCGAACAGCCUUUGGGAAUGUGAAAGUGAGAACAUGGAACUUUUGCACAUUUCUCUUCACCUCUGUCUGAAAAAAAAAGAAAUCCAACAAAACACGUGUACAUUGGGAUGAAGACAGUUUGGAUUUGGUUUCA